AUGGCAUCCCCGACUAUCCCAAAAGACAACCAGUGGUUACGGAAGCUCUUCGAUAACUUUUCUGCAAACAGGGGUGCCUCGGGCGAUGGUCUUGAGAUCGCUUACCUCCGCGUCGCCGAGGCCGUGAAAGCGUGGAUCAGCAAUUGGAAGCAGGCGUGGAAAGGCUUGGUCGACGACAUCCCCUCGAGAAUUGCUGAUAAUCGCAUUCAGAUGUGCCUUCUGUGCCGUAAGAAGUGUGGGCGUGUCGAUGCAGCGCACUGCUUCUUCGAUUGCCCACGUGUCCAAGACAUUGCGAAGGGGUACACGUCCGUCUGCGCCAAGUACGGGACGGACGCCUCAGACUUCCUGAAGCUGGUCCCGCAGGGCGCGCUCGUGAAGCCUGCGCUGGCCCACUUCGGUGCCGUCUACCGGCGCUUCUGCUUGGACCCCUCGGAAGCGCCCGAGGAGACCGUGGAGGCGACUGGCGACGGCCACGCCGCCCGCGCGGAUGCCCCCCGUCUGGAGCGCGCGGAGAUGCAGGAGAAGGUGCACGCGGCAGCCCCCGACGCCGCCUCGCCGCGGCCGCGCAACGGCGGCGCCCGCCCGAGGGCCAUCGGCCAACUACCCUCGCCGCCACGGCCGCCCGCCGCGGCCGGGGAGGCGCCCGCCGAGCUCGAGCGGGGCGGCCCCGAGGAUAACCCGCUGCAGCACGUGCUGGAAAUCGCAGAUCUGUACGACCUUCAGGCGGAGAUGGCGAUUAGCGAAGCCGUCAAGCAGGUGGUGCCCAAGGCUGCAGGCGCUGGACUUCCCCAGUCGAGUGUGGGCAGCACUGCGCUGCCGAAGAAAACGCAGGUCACGUGCACCAAGGGCGAAGUGUCGCUGAUCCACUGUUGCUUGGUGACGGAUGACUUCGUGCCAGCAGUGGCGGAGGUGAACUCAGUGUUGAGAGCGUCGUGGAAGGCGGGCUGCGGCCUGGACAGUCGGGUCGAGGGCUCGUACCAGGAGGCAGUGCUCCAGGGGGUCUUCGAGCAGCUGCGCGAGGAGGAGGACGAGCGGGAGGAGUCCAGGGUGGCCGUCGAGGCGCCGGAGGACGCGUGGAAGGCAGAGGAGAUCAGGGCGGAGAGUGCGGCGUACGCGGCGAGCAUGCGGAAUAGAUGCUGCACCCUGGAGAGUGGCGAGAGGAAGGGGAAAGGCAGGUCCUGGAGGACACGGGGUGCAAGGGCGCACCCCGCCCUUUUCGGCGGGCGCAACGACUGCGGCGACGUCCAGCGCUGGAAGCAGAUGAUCGGCGAUCGGGCGCAGCUCAAGAGGGCAAUGCGCCAGCGCAAGUCAGAUCAGGAUAUGGAGGACCUCGCCAACGCCUGCGACGCGGAGGGGCGCCAGCCCAGGCAGCGCGCGGCGGCGCAGGCAGCGGCGGUGCCCAUGCCGGCAGGGGGCGACAGAGUGCUCGCGCUGCCGUCGGAGGCCCAGCGCAAGGCCGCAGGCCCGAUGGCAUGGGCAUGGGCGGAGGCGAGGGCCAUCGAGGGCCUUUCCGCUCUGCGAGCGGCGCGGUCUCGCGCAGUGUUGGACGGGAUGGGGCGCGAGUUGGGCGCGACUUCGGCCGCGCCCUCGCGCGACCGGCAGACCUUCUAUGACGCCAUCAGCUUGGCUAAAUUGAUGGACCUGGCUGCGCGCGCGGCGCCCGGCGAUCGCGGCGGCGAUGGGGGCGCGGCUCUGCCGGGCGCCCAUGUGCGCAUCCGCCGGGCGCUGGCCAGGGCACGCGAGGCAGCGCCGACCUUGGGCCCCGGGGCUUUCGCGGACAACGCGGCGGCGAAGAUGGAGGGCCUUGAGAAAUCAGCCACCGUCGGCGCGAACGAGACGGCGGAAUUCGUGCGCGGGAGGGCCGCGGAGCAGACGCUCGAGACUAAGGGCCCCUGGAGCGCGAGCGUCAACCUGCGGGCGGCCCGGGGCCGCCCGCUGCAGGGGCGCCGAGCAGGCAAGCGCAGAGCUCAGCUGGGCCAUGCAGACGAUAGGUGGGGGCCCGCGGGCAAAUCGGAGCAGUUCAGGCAGUGCCGGUGGGUCUCGGACGAGGGCCGCGGGCUGCUGCGCCACGGUUGCGAGCUGAGCGUCAAGGAUGGCGGGGGCGUUCCAGCGAAGAUCGAAGAGGGGGGCCCCGCCAUGGAGUGGCACCCUUUGCGGGCGACGGACGAGACUCACGGCUCCUUCAUCGACCACCAGGGGCUGUCGCGCGACGCGAGGCAGGACGCGGCGCAUGCGCGGUGGAGAGCUGCGGCGGCACACGAGCAUGGUGCGGCUCUCGCAGGCGGCGCGGGCGUCCGCCACCUGCGAGGCAAGCUGGGGCGAAUGUGCUACAAAAAGCUCUCCAUACCUACAGACUCAUGCAGACGGCGUAGAAACUCGACUGGACUGCAGAUGUCGAGAUCCUGGUGCUCUUUCUUCGCCCUGGAGUGCUACAAAAAGCUCUCCAUACCUACAGACUCAUGCAGACGGCGUAGAAACUCGACUGGACUGCAGAUGUCGAGAUCCUGGUGCUCUUUCUUCGCCCUGGAGUGCUACAAAAAGCUCUCCAUACCUACAGACUCAUGCAGACGGCGUAGAAACUCGACUGGACUGCAGAUGUCGAGAUCCUGGUGCUCUUUCUUCGCCCUGGAGUGCUACAAAAAGCUCUCCAUACCUACAGACUCAUGCAGACGGCGUAGAAACUCGACUGGACUGCAGAUGUCGAGAUCCUGGUGCUCUUUCUUCGCCCUGGAGUGCUACAAAAAGCUCUCCAUACCUACAGACUCAUGCUGGCGGGGCGCGUGGAUGGUCGACCGCGUCGAGCUCCUGCUGGGCGACGGCGCGACCCGCGCGCACGGAGGCUCCGGCGGCGAGUACAAGGGCGUGGAGCGGCUGGAGCCAGGCGAGCACCUGCAGCAAGUGGAGCAGUUCCCCGGCCAGGGCGGCUUCCUGGGGGCCGCCCUUCACUUCGUCACCUCGCGCGGCCGCCGCAUCGAGCUCAACGGGUACGGCUCCGGCAGGAAGGCCAGGCAGCGGGCCACUCCAGAGAAGUUCGAGGCCGAGGGCGGGCGCGCCAUCACGGAGCUGCAGUUCGAUGCCGGAGGGCGGCUCGUCGGCGCCGUCUGCGAGCAGGUGGAGGCCGAGCCCCGCUGCAAGCGGCAGCGGACCAACUGA